AUGUUCGUCAAAGCUCUAUAUGAUUAUGAUUCAACCGAAAUUUCAGGUCUAUCAUUUAAAAGAAAUGAUAUUAUUCAAGUGAUAAAUCAACUUGAUAGUGGUUGGUGGGAUGGAAUAUGUAAUGGAAUACGCGGUUGGUUUCCAUCUAAUUAUAUUACAAUGGUUAAUGAUAAAGAAGGACUUUAUCAUCUAAGUGUUAAUCAGCAAAUCAAAACUAUUCUUGAGGAAUCAGUUCUUGAAGAGGAAUUGAAACCUCAAUUAUCAAAUAUUUGGGUUUUAAAACAUUCUUCUUCAGACAAUAAUAUAAAUGGUAAUAAUGAUAAUAAUGAUAAUGAUAGAAAUAUUUAUAGUACAAUAGGCGAAGAAGAUGAGAGCGUGCGGCCUUUUGAGAAUGAAGAACAAAAUUUGUCAGAGAAUUUUGAAAUUAAAGAAAAAGUCGGUGAAGAAUUAAGAUGGAACCAUUCAAAUUCUUCAUCAACAACAAAUUAUACUCUAACAAGCAACAUCAGAAAAACGACUUCGUUAUCUUCUUUACAUCACAACAAGCAACAAUAUGAACAUUAUGAGCAAUGCGAUCGUAAUGAUGACAUUAAUAACAAUCAAUCUUAUUCUAACAGCAUAGAUCCUAAUAACAACAUUAUCAACAAUCAAUUAUUAUUGCAAAAUCCGGACAACGAGCAUUUCACUUGGGACUCAUUAUUGAAUAACGUCAUCUACUCGAUAAAUCAAUUAACAGCAUCGGCAAAUGACACCAACAAACACGAAUUCACGCAAAACAUUGACACCGUUAAUCGAAGUAUCAGAAUCAUGUUGUACGCGUCAGAUACAAUCAAUCGUGACUCGAUAAUAUUCAAAACUUUCCCCAGGCUAUCCAAAUUCCAUAACGAUGUUACCUCCUCGUUGUUCAAAUUGAUUUUGUUGGCUAAAAUCGCGUCGAACGAAUGGUCGCCGCCUGGUUCGACAGAUAGGAUGAUUCAGGAAUGUAAAUCGUUGUUGGAUGCAACUAAACAAUUUGUAAAUAUUUCAAAAGAUUUGAUUGUAAUUAAGCGUGUUGAUCCUAAAAUACCAAGUAGUAGUAAUUAUGGCAGCAAUAAUAAUUAUGCUUGGAAUCACAAUUCCGAUUCCAAUCUUAAUACAUCAGUUAUAACUGAUCAUUUUCGAUCCAAGAAAAUUCUUUUAUCAUCAAGUCUAACAGUUUUCAUAAUGCAUGUUCAUAAAAUUGUUUCGCAAGUAGGUCAAUUCUUAGCUUUGAUCAAGAAUAUUAAUAUAUCGAAAUUAAACGAGACAAGCAACAAUUCAAUACAAGAAUUUGAAAUUGCAAGACAAUCAUUGUACAAUAAUGUUGCUUCUAUUGCAAUUUUGACUCAAUUCGCCACCAAGAUCAAUGGCAUCAAUGACAAUAAUAUCAACAAGACUAUUGAUCAGUUAUUAUUUGCAAAUUUGGAAUUAGACAAAUCGGUCAAAAACCUUUGUUUGGCUGUAAAAUUUUUGAUCGAAGAAAAAGAAAAUCAAGAUGAUUCCAGGAAAUUAUUACUUUUAAAAAAGAAGAACGUUGAGAUUAAUGAAAAAGAAAACGAUGAUAAUAUUAAUAAUCUUGCAAGAUCUACAACAAAAGCAACACCUCCAAAGCCAUGGUUUUUAUGCUAUGAUUACGAUAUAUCAGAAAUGUGUUUCAAUGCGGACAAUUUAGUAAUUGGCGGCACGUUGAAAGCAUUGGUCGAACGAUUGACAAUGCACGAUUUGCUAGACUCGAAUUUCAUAGCAACAUUCCUGUUAACAUUCAGAUCAUUUUGUACAGCUGAUGAAUUAUUUGAUUUGUUGGUUGAAAGAUUUAUUAUAAGUCUACCAGAAGAUAGAGAGAUUUCCAGGGAGGAGUUUGAAAUUUGGACCGAAAAGAAACAGAUGCCGAUUAGGAUUAGAGUUUUCAAUAUUUUGAAAAGUUGGUUGGAAAGUUAUUAUAUUUACGAGCAGGAUAAACAUUGCUUAGAAAGAAUGAAAGAGUUUGCUAGCACUACAAUGAAUCUUUAUAUGACUAAUGCUGCUACUUCUUUACUAAAAGUUAUUGAAAGAAGACAACAACAACCACAUGUAGCAACAUUUAAAGAAUUGAUACAAACUUUUUCAGCACCACCCCCACCACCGAUUCUACCCAGAAGUCUAAAACGAGUCAAAUUUUUAUAUUUGGAUCCUUUGGAAAUUGCAAGGCAAUUCACAAUUAUCCAGAGUAAAUUAUAUAAUAAAAUUAGACCUGUCGAGUGUUUGGAUAAAGCAUGGAGUAAGGAAGAAGGUGGUGAUUUAGCCGUAAAUAUUAAAGCCAUGAUACUUAACAGCAAUCAAACAAUCAUAUGGGUUCAGAAAAUGAUAUUGAGUCAAUCGGAAGUUCGUAAACGAUGUUCAAUAAUUAAACAUUUUAUAUAUAUAGCUGAUAAGUGCAAACAGUUGAAUAAUUUUAAUACUUUGAUGUCAAUUGUAUCCGGAUUAAAUUCUUCGCCGAUAUACAGAUUGAGAAGAACAUGGGAAACUGUGCCGGCAAGACAUAUACAAACUUUUGAAAUGCUGAAAAAAAUAAUGAAUGCAUCUAAAAAUUUUUCAGAGUAUAGAGAAAUGUUGCACAGAAUUAAUCCACCCUGUGUUCCUUUCCUUGGCGUGUAUUUGACGGAUUUGACGUUUAUAGAGGAUGGGAAUCAAAACACAUUGAAAAAACAGAAAAAUCUAAUUAAUUUUUCCAAAAGAAUGAAGACUGCAGAGGUCAUUCGUGAGAUACAACAAUAUCAAGUGCCUUAUAAUUUGAGUCCGGUGCAUGAAAUUCAAUUGUUCUUAACAAGUCAUAUUGAAGAUAGCAAUGAUUCUAGUGAUUUUUACGACAAAAGUUUAGCAAUUGAGCCAAAGGAACGAGAAGAUGAAAAGAUUGCUAGAUUACUCCAAGAAUCUGGAUUCUUAUAA